AUGCUUUUGAGAGAGGUGCUCGAUCUUCUUUCUGCUUCUGCCGACACGCCUAAUCGUCUUGCCGAGUACCGCAAAUAUUCAGCGAUUUAUGGGCGAUUUGAUGCGAAGAGAAAACCGGACAAGGGUCUUUCGUUUCACGAGGUAUCUGUGAAUGAAGCAGCCGCUCAAUUAUGUUUAAUCAUGCCUUCACUUCUGACCAGACGUGAUGAACUCUUUCUAUUGGCACGGCAG